CGGCCACCGAGCCCCGUCGCGCGCGGAGUGGGGUGUGGGUGCCGCGGGGUCGGACUGGUGACUGUGGUGCGGCCUUUGGGGACUGAAAGAGUCGUACAGAAACCGCCAGGGAACAAAAUUCCCCGCUUUCCUGGCCCCCGCUUUCCGUUCACUUUCUUCGUUUAUUCAUUCGCCCGAACACGGGGAGCCUGCGGCGUGUUGGGCCCGGUCCUAGGCCACGGGGGUCAGGAGGCUGGACUGUACGGGCAAGUACAGCAAAUAAGUGAACGCUGUCGACCUAGGAAGAGGCAAUCCUGUGCAAUUAAUAAAGAUGGUGCUGAGAUAGGAGAACCGGUCUGCUCUACCCAGGGUGGUUUUCGAAGGGUGUCCCGCGAACAGCGGGGAAAACGCAGAUGACUGGUAAGGAGAUCUUAACCCUUGGCUUGGUGUUGUCAGCACCACGCUCAACCAGUGAGCGAACCGGCCAUCCCUAUAUAGGAUCUGAACCCGUGGCCUUGGUGUUAUCAGCACUACACUCUCCCGAGUGAGCCACGGGCUGGCCUGAGGAGUUCUGAGACUUUUUUCCAAGUUUAUUGAGGCUCAUCUGUCGGUGAAGAUGGCCUCCAGGGGCAUCUCCCAGGAGACCUUCGACAUGGUAGUGCGUGAGAACAUCGAGGAGUUUGAAAUGGGGCCAGAAGAUGCCGUGAAAGAGGCCAUAGAGCAGUUUGAAUCGCAAGGGGUCGAUCUGAGCAACAUUGUAAAGAUGGCACCUAAAGUCUCUGCAGAUGGACACCAAGAGCCCACACACGAAGUGCUGCAGAUCCUGGAGUACCUGCAGGAGUCCGUAGCCUGCUGUCAUCUUCAGGAGGUGUCGGCACACCUUGCCCACUUCUGCAACCAGUGCAAACAGGACAAGGCCUGCCACUUCCUGGCAGCCCAGAAGGGGGCUUACCCCAUCAUCCUUGCCGCCUGGAAGCUGGCUGCUGUGGGCCACCAGGGCCUUCUGCUCCAGGCCCUCAAUGCCCUGUCAUUGCUGAUCGAUGGCCAGCCAGACCUCCUGGACGCUCAGGGCCUGCAGCUACUGGUGGCCACACUGGUCCAGAACGCUGAUGUUGCUGACGUGACCUGCUCUGGGAUCCGCUGCGUGCGCCACACCUGCCUGAAGCAUGAGCGGAAUCGGCAGGGCCUGGUGAAGGCUGGUGUGCUCCCCCUGCUGACUGGUGCCAUCACCCGGCACAGCCACAGCGCUGAUGUGGUCAGGGAGGCCUGCUGGGCCCUGCGUGUCAUGACCUUUGACGACGACAUCCGUGUGCCCUUUGGCCAUGCCCAUGACCACGCCAAGAUGAUCGUGCAGGAGAACAGAGGGUUGAAGGUGCUCAUUGAGGCCGCCAAAGUAUUCCCCAACAACCCUGGUGUCCUGAGCGAGCUCUGCAGCACCUUGUCCCGCCUGGCCAUCCGCAAUGAGUUCUGCCAGGAGGUCGUCGACCUUGGGGGCCUCGGUGUCCUGGUGGCCCUGCUGGCCAACUGCAACGACCACCAGGACCUCGUGAAGCACGUGCUCAGUGCCCUGCGGGCCAUUGCAGGCAACGAUGACGUGAAGGAUGCCAUCAUCCGCGCCGGUGGGACAGAGCCCAUCGUGGCCGCCAUGACACGGCACCUGACCAGCCCCCAGGUGUGCGAGCAGAGCUGUGCAGCCCUGUGCGUCCUGGCCCUGCGCAAGCCAGAGAACAGCCGGGCCAUUGUGGAGAGCGGCGGGGCCCUGGCAGCCCUGCAGGCCAUGAAGGCACACCCACAGGAGGCCGGCGUGCAGAAACAGGCCUGCAUGCUAAUCCGCAACCUGGUGGCCCGCAGCCAGGCCUUCUCACAGCCCAUCCUGGACCUGGGGGCUGAGGGGCUCAUCACGCAGGCCCGCGCAGCCCACCGCGACUGUGAGGACGUGGCCAAGGCCGCCCUGCGGGACCUGGGCUGCCAUGUCGAGCUCCGUGAGCUGUGGACGGGCCAGAAGGGUGACCUGGCACCGUGACCCGAGGCUCAAUUUGGGCUGUGACUCUGGGUGAGUCGUGUGACUCGAGAAUGGGGGAGAUCCAUGUCCUGGCACUCUACCUUCUGCAGCCUGUCCCCGCAUAGUGAGAGGUUUUUGACAGGCAUCAGGUAAAGGCUGCGGGGAGGGGAAUAUUACUGGGGGUGUCUACACAGCAGAAAGUAGCCAUCCCUCUCCAGCUGGCUGCAUGGACAUCACUGUCCUUCCCCACCCCCACUGUGCCCUUUCAUACCAUAAGGGGUAGAAGGCACACCCCACUGCCCACUGUCCUAUCUGAAAUUUGGCAGCCCCUGGCCAAGGGCUGGGGACUAAGGCUUGUCUGUCUCAUGGGGGUCCCGGGCCCGCCGUGGUGCCUGGUAAUAAAAGACACUGGACAAACA